ACUGUCGGUUCCAAAAGCCAGGCCAAAUUCCCUCCGCACACACACACACACAUGCGCUGCUCAUUUGUCACGAGCUGACGAUCUUUUUUAACUUAUUUCACUUAACUGGGCAUUUAAAAAAACAGAAAGCACCUUUCUAUGGAACUGUUUCGAGAGGUUAAAUCUAGAGAGGGUUCAUGAGCGCAGAGUCCAUGUGGGCUGUGAUUUGAUCUUCACGUACGUUCUGAAUGGCUGUAAUCACUGCUGGUGUCCAUCGCGUGCCUAUAUUACUCUGUCAGUCACUUUAUGGUGAAACCAUGCCAGCGCUUUGCCUGACUGCGAUGCAGUGCAAACUUUAGCCGAUGGAGGGCGAAGCGCAGUGUGCUCAGUAGAUAAUGGAGCACAGGGGCGUUCUUCACAGCCACUACAGAAGAGAAGAAGCGAACCCAUGACGGCGAGGUCCUGAGUCCCUGCAGCGGCGCCUCUGCGUGGGGAAAGGCUCGCGGUGUUCAGACAUGCUGGACGGAAUCAAAAUCGAAGACCAUCCGCUGCGGACAGGCCAGGCUACUCUCGGAGUCAUGCUGGGGCCGGAGUGCCAUCAUCAUCAUCACCAGGCGGUAUGCGAGGGCUGCCAACGGCCCAUAUCUGACCGCUUCCUCAUGCGCGUGAACGAGGCCUCGUGGCACGAGGAGUGUCUUCAGUGCGCUGUGUGUCAGCAGCCGCUCACCACCAGCUGCUACCUGCGCGAGCGAAAACUCUACUGCAAGCACGACUACCAACAGUUAUUUGCCACCAAAUGCAGCGGAUGUCUGGAGAAGAUCGCGCCCACGGAGUUUGUGAUGCGAGCGUUAGAGUGUGUGUACCACCUGAACUGCUUCUGCUGCUGCGUGUGUGACCGGCAGCUGCGUAAAGGAGACGAGUUUGUUCUGAAGGACGGACAGCUGCUCUGUAAGAGUGACUACGAGAAGGAGAAAGACCUGCUCGGCUCCGUCAGCCCAGACGACUCCGAGUCAGAGAAGAGCGAGGACGAGGAGCUGGAUAUCAAGCCGGAGAAAUGCUCCGGAGGCCCGGGCAAGGGGGACGACAGUAAGGACCCGAGGAGACCCAAGCGUCCCCGCACCAUCCUCACCACGCAGCAGAGACGUGCCUUCAAGGCCUCCUUCGAGGUGUCUUCUAAACCCUGCCGGAAGGUAAGAGAGACCCUGGCGGCUGAGACAGGCCUGAGCGUGCGUGUGGUUCAAGUGUGGUUUCAGAACCAGAGAGCUAAGAUGAAGAAGUUGGCGCGAAGACAGCAGCAGCAACAGGAGCAACAGAACUCCCAAAGGCUGGGGCAAGAGGUGAUGUCCAACCGGAUGGAGAGCAUGAUGAGCUCCUACACACCGCUGGCCCCUGCACAGCAGCAGAUGGUGGCCAUGGAGAACGGCUACACGGCGGACCCCUUCCAGCAGGGCCUCACCCCUCCUCAGAUGCCCGGCGACCACAUGAACCCAUAUGGAAACGACUCCAUAUUCCACGAUAUCGACAGCGACACCUCCUUGACCAGCCUCAGCGACUGUUUCUUGGCCUCUUCAGAAGCGGGCUCCCUGCAGGCGCGCGUGGGAAACCCCAUCGACCGACUCUACUCCAUGCAGAGCUCUUAUUUUGCCUCAUGAAAUCCAACGUGGACAAGGACCAGCAAGAGGAGUGGGCUCACAGCAGCUCACUGCUCCUUUCUGUAAAAUGCCUCAGAAACAAGAUUUCUCAGCCAAGCUUACGAAAAAAACCCUCCUCACAGACAAAAGGGGAAACAUGGGCUCAAAUGAUACAAACGCAAAGAACUCGAAGACGAGGAGUCCCCUGUUUCUCAGUAGUGAAAAAUGCAGCUCAGGACAGCCAGUUUUCUGAAGCUGACAAGACUUUUUCUAGGUAACUGUUGAUCGUUUGUACAUGACUUUCACCGUAGUAGCACUCAACUCUUCGAUGUCCACUCGUGGGGGGGAAAAAAAAAAAAGAGUAUUGACAUACAGUUGAAAGCCACUGAAGCCACAAACCUCAGUCCACAGCAUCCUGCCUAGGAAGGCUGAAGAUCAAGACACAGAUCUCACAAUGCAUGAGCCCAUACUCUUCGUGAACAUGACAUUGAGAAAGAAAACCAUUAGAAAAUAGAUGAGAAAAAAAAAAAAACUUGUGUUGUUGAGACGUUUAAAUGUGAUGUUUGGACUCAUAAAUUCUCUUUUCAUUAUGUUCAGCAUUGCAUUUUUAUCACUUUAAUAGGUUUAGCUUUGAAAGUGGAUUUAGAAAUGGUAGAAGGAUGAAUGUGUAGUGUAUUAGCUCUGUAUGAGUGUGUGUGAGAGAGAAAGAGAGAGAAAGAGAGAGAGAGUGUGUGUGUGUACGUGUGUAUGGCAGAGAGUGUGUGUACAAGUGUAUGUAUGUGUAUAGACAUGAGUAAAGAUGUAUGUGUAUCUCUCUGGGCGUGCGUGCGUAUGUAUGUGUAUGUGUGUGUGUGUGUGCGUGUGCUUCAGUUCGUCCUAGUUUGAAAGAUGGUGAGAGAUGAUGGACUGUGUGAGCUCUAUACUUGUGUAAAUAUAUGUUUCCUGAACAAAUCAGUUGUGCAUGUUCAAAAUGGAGAUCAUUCUAUUUAUUUAACUACAACAUGCUCUUGAAGGUACUUAAAAAACUGAAAAGCUUUAUUUAAAGAGGAGAAAACCAUGUCAGGCAGUUAAAAGCAUCGUCAUCCUUCACCCAUCUAUCUUUUAAUUAUGAGAUAUGACCCUUUCCUCAGCUAUGAUGUACAUCAGCAAAAGUGUGCUAUUUAUUUGUUACAGGCCCUAAACAUUGUCGAAAAUGCAUUUCCAAAUGUGAAGACUGCUAAAUUACCAAAGUUUGUUGGUACUAUGAAUAAACUCCAUUUCUCCUGA